AUGAAUCAGUCUCAUAGCCGCUCAUCAGCGCAAAGUCCAGACAUGGUGACUGAGCUGGAGCGCCACGCCCAGUCUCAACACAAGCCCAAUUUGAGUGAUGCCUCUCCUGCGCCUCUUACUCAAGAGGUCCCCAACAGCCAGGGCUGCAUCAAGGAUACUUCAAUCUGUGCAUGCGACGACCACGCCCCUUCUAUACCUUCCCAAAAGACACGCAGCAGCACUAGCUCGCCCGAGGAUACUUUAUCCCACUCAUACGUCGACCUUCCCCCGUCCCUCGCCGGAACAUCUUUUCAUUCCGACGACGAAGCUUUCCAGCCCGCUACCGACAAUUCCGACUACCCUCUUCGGCCCCUGAUCGAAAAAUGGGUUCCUGACAAAGGUGUCACCUCCACUCCCUACAUCAACAAUUCCCCCGCCGUAAGAUCCCAGAGCCAUCACCAAACUCACCAUUCUACGAGAACAAGCCGCACGGGAUGCCACACAAAGGAAGCCAUUGGAAACACUUUGCCCGCCCGACGUGUGAUUCCGACGGCAGCUGGAAGACACUCAACCGUCCAUGGCCAACAGCCUAGCGGAAGCUUGAACCCGACCGACGUCAUCGCAACUUCGAACCGUCUCUAUCAACCCCACCACGAAGUCACUGCCGACAAUGGCACUGGUGUCCUGGACAGCGCGCCUAAUAUCAGCUCCUUGGGAUUAAACCCAGUUCUCAGCCCAACCGGCAGGCAGUCCGCCAAGCCCAUGCCCCCCAGCGAGGAUAUCACCGUCGGCACUGAGGAUGUCAUUGAACCCAUUUCAUUCCCCACACCCUCCUCGCAUGGCCAUACCAGCACCAUCAGUACGCAAAGCACCAACAGCGCAGUCCCUCAUCCCGACGAUGAGCUUGUGCUAGCGUCCGAGUCCGCAGGCGAGGACCUGUCUCAAUCCACGCCCAUCCCUCGUCCGACAACAACCUGCCAGGGCGCGAAGGACAAAGAUACAGGUGUCCGAAUGCCGCACGAUGCCCCCGUCUAG